GCCAGCCAACCCACCCACCAUCCUGCUCCUCCUCCAACCAAUCUUCACCAUGACCCCUGUGUUGACACCUCCAAUUCACCAGCCUCGCAGGGCUGACGUUUUCAGACCUCUGUGCUAGCUGAGCUACUGUUGGGUUUCCUUCCGAUGCUAUCCUCGCCGCCAUCAUAUCCUCCUAUCCCACCCAGCGUAAGCGGCCCUGCUGCUUCGCCUUAUUCUCGUCGCAUGGUGCGUGGAGCGGACAGCCGCCAUGGCAGCCAACUACUGGGAAUCAACCCAGCGCCGCUUCUGGCAGUUCUCAAAAGACGAACUCAGCCAGAUGCGCGACGAGUUAGAGAAAGGCGAUCAGGCUCUGGUGCAGAUGUUCCCCAUACCUCGGAGGAAGCACCUCUAUAUAUAUUUUAACCAGCAAAUUAGCCGUCUAAGCAAGAGGCUCAACAUCAAGCAGCAGGCAGUUGCGACAGCCCAGAUUUACAUUAAACGAUUCUAUUGCAAGGUGGAAAUACGUCGGACGAAUCCCUAUCUCGUCCUCACCACCGCCCUUUAUUUGGCCUGCAAGAUGGAGGAGUGCCCGCAACACAUCCGGAUGUUCGUCAGCGAGGCGCGAUCGCUCUGGCCAGCCGCAGACUUGCUGCAGAUCGAGGUCUCGCGCAUCGGCGAAUGCGAAUUCUUCCUCAUCUCGGAGAUGAACUCCCAGCUCAUCAUCCAUCAACCGUAUCGAACCCUAACGAGCCUCCAAUCCGACUUCUUCCUCACCCCCGACGAGAUCAACCUAGCUCUCUCGGUUAUCAACGACCACUAUAUGACGGAUCUUCCGCUUCUGUAUCCGCCGCAUGUCAUUGCCCUCACGGCGAUGCUUCUUUCCAUAGUCCUACGACCUAACAUGGCGCCGGGCGGAAACCCGCCGGCGAAUAUAGCCGCGGUCACAACAACGCUAAUCCAGGCGCAUAGCCGGGCUAGUGCGAGCGGCAGCGGUCAGAACACACCCGGACCUACCGAGAAGGACAAGCAGCAAGAGGCGCGGAUGGGCAAAGUGCAGCGAUUUGCCGCCUUCCUCGCCGAGAGCAACGUCGACAUCGAGGGGAUGAUCGACUGCACCCAGGAGCUAAUCUCAUUCUACGAAAGCCACGAGCAAUAUAAUGACAAAAUGACUCGCGAGCAGAUCAACCGGUUCGUCAAGGCCCGCGGGCUAGACAAGCACUAAAAAUGCCUUCAUACUUAUCGACAAAGAGCCAACCAACCGGCCGCAGGAAGGCGUGGGUGGCCGUCUCAUUCUUCCGCAGGAAUCCUUUUUCAUGAGGGCUUAGACAGCAUAGCGUGGCUUGAGAUGUGCCGUAGCGUAACAUAGAAAAUAUAUACUCAGCCCUUAACCAACCCAAGGUCUAGGGCUCCCCGAGAAUCUAGGCCGUAUAUAUGCGCCGAGACCGGAGGAUAUGGAAUCUAUCCGGAAGAU